UGCAAUGCAACAGGGAGGCUGCCUGUUCUGAGAGGAGAGUUUCUACAUCGUCUCCGAAUGGGGAAACAGUUAAGGUGAAGAAGAAGUCUUCUUACUUUGGAUCAACAAGAGAACACAACUUGGAUUAAUUUGUUUUUAUUUGCUGCAGUUAUGAGUAACAGUCCAGAUCAGAGUGAUCCUGAUCAUCUCCAUGGAUUUAUUAUUUCAAAGAGGAACCACAUCAGGCCCGGAUCCCAGUGGUGAUGCUGGCCAUGCAGCGACACAACUCCUCCGGCACUGACGCCUUCCUUCCAAUCUGCAACUACACCCCCGUGGUGGAGGCGCGUAAUGCCACCCUUCCCGGGAGCAAUCCCACGGCCGCCGUCCUCACCAUGACUCUGGGCAUCCUGUUCAACGUGGUGGCCCUCAUCAUUCUCGGCAAGGCCUACAACCGAUUCCGGCGGCGAUCCAAGGCCACGUUCCUCCUCUUCGCCAGCUCCCUGGUGGCUACAGAUCUGGCAGGGCACGUUAUCCCCGGAGCUCUCGUACUGAGGAGAUACUCAGCGGGCACCUGGUCAGCGUCAGACCCCGUCUCCAGUGUUCGAAGUGACCCCCCCAAUCCGGACCUGUCUUGUCUGUUUCUGGGAGGUUGCAUGGUGUUCUUUGGUCUCUGCCCGCUCUUCCUGGGCUGUGCUAUGGCUGCCGAGCGCUGCCUGGGUGUCACCAGGCCUUUGCUCCACGCCCGCCUGGUGACCACGGCGCGGACAAAGAUGGCGCUGGCCCUGAUCUGGCUGCUGGCUUUGUGCGUGGCCCUCCUACCCUUCUUCAGCCUGGGGGCCUACACUUACCAGUACCCGGGGACUUGGUGCUUCAUCAGGGUGAUGGAGGACACCAGAGCGACGGACCUGGCCUUUGUCAUGCUCUUCUCCGGACUGGCUCUGAGCUCGCUUGCCUCGGCCUUCGUGUGCAACACCGUCAGUGGGAUCACGCUGGUGAGGGCCCGGCUAAAGAAAGGGCCCUCCUCCCGACGGUGCUCAGCCGGCUCCCACGACACUGAGAUGGUGGUCCAGCUGGUUGGAAUCAUGAUCACCUCCUGCAUCUGCUGGAGCCCUCUGCUGAUCUUUGGACUGAUGUCAGCCACAAAGUCCUACACUUGCUUUCUGGACAGUGACAGAGACACUUAUAGGGGUCUUAUGGUGACGGGUGUCAGGAUGGCCACCUGCAACCAGAUCCUGGACCCAUGGGUCUACAUUCUGCUGCGGCGCGCCGUCCUCAGGAAAAUCUACCGCAUCACCAAAAGACAGGCCAGUUUCAAGGGGAGCACGUUCCGCUCGAUGCGCUGGGACAUCAGCCCCUUUCAGAGCUCAGAGAAAAACUGUGUUAGUAAGAUUUAAAAUGGACUUAUACGGAGGAAGAACCGGGGACAGGUCAUCCGUCACUUUUUGCUCUGUCUCUCGUCAGCUGGAUUGCCACAGAGUCCAGCAGUCCAUCAUCUGGAUCCAAAUUCAGUGUUUAAAGGUUCCUAAGGAAAGAGUUGUCUCUCUCUCGGCUGGUGAAUGAAGUAAAUGUGAGGGGAUCCAAAGUGGUUUAAAAUCUGGAACCACGUGUUCCAGAUUUUAAAUAUCACUGACCAGCUCUGAUGUUGUUGUAUGUACAGUAUGAACCAGUGUUAUGCUAGAAAUUAAUAAAGAAAAACAACUUAUUAUGAACUGAUAAUAGUGUUUAUGAGAAUGCAACAUGGCUCAUAUACAGAACAUGCUUGCACGGCAGCCUGUCCUCGAUGAGAGCAGAUGUAAAUAAAAAAGAUUUAGUCGGUUGGAGUAUAAUGUGUUAACCUUUUUUGCUGAAGUGAAGACUGUAUCUAUAGUCUUAAAGCAAGCAUCUCAACUCAAAGGUUUUGUUCGCUCUGUUCUCCGACACAAUGUAAAAGUCAAUGACUUGUAUAAAUGCUCACAUAAGAGAGCCAAAAAAAAAAGAGGCUGUGCUGUUACCUCAGCUUAAAGAUGUGAAAAACAUAAUGUUGUGCUGUGACAUGAAUGUGAACGUGCGUCUGUUAUUGUGAGUUUGUAAAUGUGUCUGCAGCAUAUUCCCUGAGUGUCUGGGGACGGAAGUGAAGCUGCAAAAGCUAAUGGAAUGUGAUGUUGUUAACAAAAGGGAAUGUACGAUUGGAUAAUAAAUGUGUAUCUGUUAAUGUUUCAAUGUAUUCUGGUUUAUGAUUGAUGCCACAGUUCUAAAGCUUUGUCGAGAUCAGUUAAUGUUUCCUGUUUCUGUCUUAAGGUAACAACAACACCUCUUAAGCAGACUAAUCUAAUGUAGAACAAUUGCUUUUAGCAUGUUCAGAUUUGCACAGGAGCAUUUGCUAACAAGAAAUGGCCCCAGCAUGUGUGAACAGCACAUUUUUUGUUCCAGCACCUGCAGUUUGUUGCCAUUUGAUGCCUUUGAUGGGCGGCUGUGGCACAUGAGGUAGAGCGCUUGUCCCGUAACCACAAGGUUGGUGGUUCAAACCCCUCUACCGGCAUGUAGGUGUCCUUGAGCAAGACACCUAACCCCAAGUUGCUCCCCGGGCUAUAUGAGGUUUACAUGGAGUGAAAUAUUCAAAUUAAUUUGUGGCAGCUCCAUUCAAUCAAAUGUAUAUAUUCAACAUAUCUUUUGCUUUAUUUUGUAAACAUUUCCACAAGUUUCAGACUGCCAUAUUUGGCAUUUUUGGAAACUUUUCAGAACUCCACAAAAUUUGGAUUUAAGUUCUGUGGGUUUGAACAAUGAAAUGCUGCACUGUAUGAGAUAUAAUGAAUGAUAGGUGAGGUUAAAGGGAUUAAACUGUUGCUAUUAUUAUGUUUCAAUGCAUGUAAGAUCUUAGUAUGAGUUUAAUAUAUGAGCCUAAACUUGUUUCCUUUUUUUAUUCAUAGACUUUGGACUGAUGUCAGCCACAAAGUCCUACACUUGGGAUGGGUUAAAUGCAGAGAAAUAAUUUCCCCA